AUUGCCGGCCUUGGGCAGCGACGCGCCAUGCCACGCGCUUCCCUUCGCCCACCUCACCUCACUCCUUGCAGGGUCAAACCCUACAUGCGUGUAUAUAUAACAUCCUUCUCUUAUUGCUCUUCUCUUCAUCCGGGCGAAGGCGAAUAAUAGAGCCUGUGAUCCAUCGUUGCACCGGCGGCGCGCGCGGUCACCACCAUGAGGCAGGCGAGGCCGUACUCGGGGAUGUUCUGCGGCGGGGUGUCGGCGCGGACGGGGCCGCACGCGCUCCCGCUGGCGCGCAUCAAGAAGAUCAUGAAGCGCUCGGCGGGGGAGACCGCGGACGGCGGCGCCAGGAUGAUCUCCGGCGAGGCGCCCGUGGUGUUCUCCAAGGCGUGCGAGCUCUUCAUCGCCGAGCUCACGCGCCGCGCCUGGGCGGCCACGCUGGAGGGCAAGCGCCGCACCGUGCACAAGGAGGACGUCGCCACGGCCGUGCAGAAGACCGACCUGUUCGACUUCCUCGUCGACGUCGUCAUGGCGGACGCCGGUGGCGGCGGGCACGCGGCGGCCGGCCAGUACGACGACGACGACGGCGCGCUGGAGUAACUUAAUUAACAAAGCUGCGAGUGAAAUUGCAGCCGGCUCCUUGCGGCCACAGAAACCACCGUGCCUAAGCUACCGUGCUGCGUUUGGUUGAAGUAACGAAUUCACCCGAGUAAGGGCGUUCUACUUCGUCAGGGUACCUUAAUUUACUGAUUCCUCUUGCAGCUAUUAUCUAUGCAGCAAGAACGAUGGUGCAGUAACUUGUAACUUUUUUCAUGCAACACUAUACUUAUGCAACAUCA